AUGCUAAACCUGUACCCGCCUGCAAAUCACGCCGUGUACAAUGGCGCCACGCUCAACUUUGCGCCUGAGAUCGACCAAGCUUGCCAGGCCAUUCACGAUGCUUGCAAGGGCCUGGGUACGGACGAGGAGGGGCUUGUAGCUGCACUGGGCACCAAGUCCGCUGACAAGCGUUAUCUGAUGUCGGUGCGCUACAGAGAACUAUUCGGGCGGCUUAUUCUCGACAAGGUCCAACCAAGGUUCUGGGUACCAAGGGAACAGCUCAUCUACCCUAUCGUCAUGGGCCGCACAAAUGUGGAAAUCGGUAUCCUUAAGAAGACGUACUACGACAUGUACGGCAAGGACCUGGGCUCCGUCAUGGAUAGCGAGCUGAGUGGUGACGUCAAGAAGGCCGUUUUGGCGUCGCUUCAAGCGCCUUUGGAGCAGUUUAACCCGGCCUUCCAUAGCCCACAGAAGGCGGAGGAAGAUGCCGAGGCUUUGCAUAGGGCUGGUGAGGGCCGUAUGGGUACAAGGGAGCACGAGUUUAUCAACAUCUUAGUUGCCAGUCCUCCCCAGCAUUUGCGAGCCGUCAACGCCGCCUACGAAAAAAAGCACAAGCACGGCAUCGUUCACGCUGUGAAGAAAGAAUUCGGUGGUGACGCUGAGGAUACGCUGCUAUUCCUGGUGCGCAUGGUAUUAGAGCCACUUGUGCUACUGUCGGAGCUAUUCGAAAGUACGAUGAAGGGCUUCGGCACGGACGAGAAGGCACUCAGCGCGGCGCUCGUGCGCUACCACCUUGUGCUACGUGACAUCCGACCCGUGUACAAGAAAACGUACGGAAAGGAUCUUCGUGACCGCAUUCAGGGCGAAGUUAGCGGAGACUAUGGAAAACUCGUGCUGGCCGUGUAUGACUCACCAACGAACUAUGACGAGGCGUAA